AUGGCCAAGCCCACAACAGUAAAAGAGGCCAUCAAAAAAUUUGAGGAAGCGAAGGGUGUGAAUGCGGGAGAAGUCGAAAAGGUGGAACUCUGGGGACAGAUACCACCAAUUGAGAAAAUGGAUGCGACGCUGUCGACAUUGAAGGCAUGCACCCAACUUUCCUUGUCAUCCAACAACAUAGAGAAGAUAAGCAGCUUGUCAGGAAUGGACAAUUUGAAGAUCCUGUCGCUGGGGCGUAACCAAAUCAAAAAGAUUGAGAAUCUGGAUGGCGUUGCGGACACCCUGGAGGAGCUGUGGAUAUCGUACAAUCUUCUCGAAAGGCUGGGCGGCGUAGAGAAGCUGACAAAUCUCCGGGUUCUGUAUAUGUCGAACAACAGGCUGAAGGACUGGUCGGAGGUUGAGAGACUCGCGGCCUUGGAACACCUGGAAGAAGUCCUGUUCGUGGGAAACCCUAUUUACGAUCCAAAUAAUACUCCAGAGUACAGGAUAGAGGUGCUCAAGCGGCUUCCAACGUUAAAAAAGUUAGACGGGGUGCCCGUUGACGUCGAUGAGAAGGAGCAGGCCGAGGCAGCCAGGAAUGCAGGAUAA